AGUAUACAGUUCGACGUGCAAAGGUCAUAUCGCAUGUAUCGUUUUGCGUGUGUGUACUUUUGUGUGCGAAGUUGACCUUCUACACUCGUAUUCACGUUAAUGUACGUUGGCUUUGCCAUCGACGUUUUUGUAAGCAGUUGGCAGUCACAACAUGUCUGUUAUUGAUAAAAUUCGGCAUUGCCAACGAAAUUUAGAGAAAUGCUGCGAUGAUGAGGAUCGGAUCUUGCAUUAUAUUUCAAAAUUGUACAAACUACCAGUGACAGUACAGCACCUUCAAGAAACUGGAGUAGGAAGGACUGUGAACAGCUUAAGAAAAUAUGAUGGUAAUGUGGGUGAUGCCGCUAAGGCUCUAGUGUUUAAAUGGAAGGUUAUGGUAGCGGAUGAAGACAGUAGUGACGGAGAAGAAGAAGAAGCUUGUAUACCCGAUGUUCCUGAAGAUCACAGUGAUAAUCGUAUAUCACCAAAGUUAGAGAAUACAGAAGAAAAUAUGUCUUCUUUACAUAAUCAAUCAUCAGAAUUAAAGCAUAUGCAUAAAUAUAAAGAGACUAAAAGUGAGUCCUUUGCAAAUCAUAGCACGGUGCAUUUAUCAAAGUUAAAAUCUGAGGAAGAGAAGCAUGAAAAACCUGAAAAGAAUAGACAUUCUUCCAAACACCAUUCAAGGAAUGAUAAAAAACCUAAAGAGUCCAAGAGCAAUGAUAACAGCUUAAAACUGGAAGAAGCCAACAGUGUGACAAAAUAUAGCAAAAUGGAUGAUUCCAAAAUGAUUAACGAUAAGAUAACUGAGGUUAAUAAGGAGAAUAACAAGAAAAGAAAGCAAGACAGCUUUGAUUCCUCCAAAAAGGAAAUCAAAAAAAGAAAGUCAUCAACUAGCAAAAGUGAUAAUGAAAAAUCUCAGUUGUCCGUGUCCGGAAAAAGUGAUUCUCGUCUCAACUCUUCCAAUAUUCAGAUAGAGAAAAUUAAAGUGAAAGAAGAACCUACUGAUAAAGAUAAACAGAGUGUUAAACGAGAGGCGGAAGAGAAAUCCAAAAGUUCCACUAGUUCCAACAAAUCUAGGUCAAAGCAGUCGAGUAAUAAAACAAAGGACAGCAGUGAAAAGUCAAAAUAUAAAAAGGAGGAACACACAAGUCACAAAAAAUCUGAUACGAAGAAGGAUUCCAGUCAACAUUCUAGGAAGGAACUUUCCAAAUCGAAAGCUUCCAGUUCUUCUAGCAAUAAAGAUUAUGAUAAGAAUAAGGACAAGAAUCAGAAGAAAGAGCGCAAGGACGAUAAGGAAAGAGACGAAAAGAAGAAAGAGACAAAGAUGAGAUUAAUGCAAGAAAUGAAUGGCGAUGAGGGAAUAGAUUGUAAUUCUGGUGCAAGCUUUGCAGAAGCACUCGGUAUGUGCACCAUGCCUCAGCCAUCAAGAAGACGUCACACUAUCUCACCCAAUCUGAAUUCCAGUAAGCUCAUCAAAACAGAGCCGACGUCGCCGCCAAUUAAUAACAGAAAACUGCCAGUGAUUAAGACCGAGCCAGAAUGUGAUGACAGUCCAAACUCACUAUCACUUUUGUCAUCCAAUGUGAAGCUCGAACCAUUGAGCGUGGAUCUAGUGUCUACAUUACCUGAAAUUAGCCCGAAUUACAAACCAUUGCCCUAUAUUAAUCCUAUUCAUCGCAAAGAAGAAAUUAAAGUUGCUGAUGAAAUCAUUUACGUAAAAAAUCAAAGGACAAAGGUAUACUCUGGUAACAAAGUCGGUUAUACGAGUGUACCGACGUUGUACGAUAUGUGUAUUAGAAUAUUGAUAGAAAAUAUUGAUGCGCUCGAAUUCACCGGUGGCGUACCAUUUGACAUCCUCAAGCCCGUACUGGAACGUGCUACACCUGAUCAGUUGUUCAUACUAGAGCAUCACAAUCCAUAUCUUAUGGAAGACACAGACACGCUAUGGCAGUUUCAUUGUAAUCGAGAGUUCAAGAAGAACGUAAGACAGGAAAUGGAAUCGUGGCGCGAAAUGUACAUGCGUUGCUUAGAUGAGAGAGAGGCAAAACUGAAGACACUCACCGCAAACAUCAAGCAAUCAAUUGACAAGUCCGUCCCAGUGAGGUCCACGAAACUCGCGUACGUGGACAACAUCGUGAAACCACCACGGAACGUGUUAAAAAAACAGGCGAAAUACGGCACAGCUAAUGCCACACCUGCUACUGUGUCCAGUGUAAAGAAACGAUUAGCAGUCGGUGGUGGUGCAACUAAUGCGACGAAUAUCGCUGUGCCACCACCGCCAAUGUCUCGAUUUAAAGCAUCAACAUCCAACAUGAAGAAAACUAAAGCGCCGCUCAUGGCAAAGGCAUUGCAGUUAAUAAAAGGACGUUACAAGCGGUAGUUCCACAAACAUAAGUCGUCGAUCAUAUUCAACUUUAAUAGGUAGUCAAAUCAUGUAUUUAUCAUUAUUUUAGGCUUAUAUCACUCAUUUCAUUAUUCUUCUCCAUAGAAUAAAACAUUCUAUACAUUUUAAAUAUCUUUGUAAACAUUUGUGUUCAUCGAAUAAUGUCGUGAUUUUCAACAUUAUAUGCGAAAAUAAUCGCAUAUAAUUACCGUUGCAAAGGAACUCAUCAUGUCAUUUGUUAUAUAAUAUAACAAAUGCAGUAUCUAGUAAAGCAUUAGUAAAUUCUACAUAAUAGUCACCAUAAAAUUUUUUUAAAUACACAUAGAAAGUCUAUCAGUGAGUCAUAUUUUGAUAAGACAGCUAGAACAAUUGACAAUAAUUAUAUUCUUUCUUUUUUUUUCUUUUUUGAGAAACUAUCUUCUCUCUCGUGUUUAAAUUUACACUUAUAUAAAAUCAUAGAUUGUUAUCCAUUUUUAAAUCCAUUUUUAAGUGAUUCCAUUUUGAAGUCGCAUCAUAUACAUGCUUUUGUAUCCUUAAUUACUUAGGUUUUAGAAUUGUACAUUUUUGGGAUUGCGAUUUUAAUAAUUUAUUACGAGAUAAAUAUUGAUUAAUGAAAAACACAAAAUUUUGUGCUCUAGAAAUACUGCUGUGAUUUUUCUCAAUUUCUUUAAAUAUAUCCUGUAAAUAUUGCAUUGUAACAAGGCAUAGGUAGAUUAAGUAAUCAAUUAUUCUGCUUUUACAUAAAUCGCAUAAUAAACCAUAAUAUAAAAUUAUAAUUAAAAUUGUUUUCAUGGGAGACAAUUCUAUAUAUAAUCAAAUAAAUAUACAAAAUAUCCCAUAUUGAUCACGUAAUGUAAUGGAAUUUCUAUUUUGUAUUCAAUAAAAUUUUUUGUCUUAAAAUUAAUUCUUUACAAAAAUAUAUAAUACACACAGACAUCAUAUGCUAAGUAGGAAAAUGAUUUUAUUUUAUUCAGAAAAAUGAAAUAAGAUAAAAAUGAGAUGCUCUGUAUUUCUAUUCGUGUUAACAGAUUUAUGUAAGUCAUAUUAAAAUUGGCUAUACCCGAUUGCACAAUUGUACAGAAGUACAAUUAUAUUCCUAUCACAGUACCAAAUUCAGAUAUGUUAAAUUCUCAUUUUAUGGUUAGACACAAAUUCUAUAUACAUUUAAUUAUAAAUAUGCAACAAAGAUACAAACAUUGAAAUGUGAAAUAGGUUGUCAUUAUCGCGAAUUGUGAUACAUUUCACGAUCAAACAUACAAUCGGACAAGUGAAAUUAUUUUAUUUUUUGAAUUAUAUUUUUAUGAUUAUUUCAUUUUAAGUUAGAUUUUUACUAAUUUAAGAAUAAAUAAAGUUGAGUGCAUGUGAUGUGGUGUGUGUGUGUGUUUUAUUGAAUAUGUACUUUUUUAAUAACGUAAUUUAUAUUGUUUAAUUUGAUACAAACACUGAUAAUGUAUACUUGAGAAAUAUCGCAUUUUCUUUUAACGAAAUAAUUUUAAAACUUGAUCAUAGUUGAUGUUUUACAUGUAUAUACAUGUAUAUACAUAUAUGAAUGCACAUAUAUGAGAAGAAAUAAUUUUAUUUAAACUAAACUUAAUUUAAAUGCAUUUCUUCUUCUAUGCACAUACAGCUUAUAAUUUUUUACUUUAAAUAAAAAUUAACAAAUAAAAAUAAAAUUAUCGUUUAAUAAAAAUGAUUUGUAUUGUUACAUGUAUUAUUGUCAACCGAGUUUUAGAAAAUGCGGUAAUUUUCUAUCUGUGUAUACCACACACAUCGUGUAUAUGUACGUAAUAUAUAUAUAUAUAUGUUUAUAAAAAAAUAUAUAUAUACAUACGUAAGAGAAUGCCGAUUAUACCCAACCAUUUAGCAAUAUAUCAAAAUAAUAAAGUUGAUAUAUAGAGAAAACAAUUAGAUGAAUCCUACAAAUUUGUUCCAAUACAAUCUUUAAAAUAUAAAAUAUCUUUCAUAUUAGUGACUAAUAACGCCGAACGUUAGAUGUAAAUUACAAAACAAAAAAUGCGAGUUGUCUGUAAAACACUUUUACACACGCAAUGAUCUAGAUCCUAAUUAUUAAAUAAUAUUGUAUCAUAAGGUAGUAUGAAAAUCAUGUCACACAUAAUAAACAUCAUACAAUAAA